AUGAAGCUUAAACAAAAAAAAUCACAGCAAUUGUCGAGAUGUAAACAACGGUUGAUCACAAAGAAUAAAAUUCAAGCAAGUCGCUGUCAAGCUCAUUCGUUCAUUCAAGAAUUUUACAUCAUCUGCGACUUGGGCAACAUCGACACAAGGGAAAAGAAGAUCGCUCAGUUCAAGUCCAAAAAUAAAACAUAA